AAGAUGCAAUUGCAUAUUACCCAAAACGGGGGUGUAGAAAUUCAGUCUUUCAGUGCGCUGGUUCAUGUUGUUUAGUCUGCUCACUCACCUACAUGGCUGUUCACCUCAGAAUUCUCCUCGUCCUCAUUGGACUCACAGGGAUUUACGGCAUGGCAACAGUUAAUCAAGUGUCCGUGAAAGCUGGAGAUUCGAUCACUAUCCCUUGUCUCUAUGAGGGGGUCUACAGAAACCAUGUGAAAUACUUGUGCAAAGGUCGUUCUUGGUCCUCCUGCACUUAUGCAGUUAAAACGAACAAACCAGAUAGUUCAGGGAAGUUUUCAAUCUCUGAUGACAAAUCGCAAAGAACCUUCAAUGUAACUAUAAAAGAUCUCACGCAUAUGGACACUGAUUACUGGUGUAUUGUGGAGAUUCAUCAGGGGACAGAUGUCGGGGAGUCUUUUCAGCUUUCAUUCACCAGAGGUGCACCUGCUCUGUAUGUGGAUGAUCAGGAGAUUAAAGGAUUUAUUGGAGAUAGUAUCUCUAUCAGUUGUCACUACAGUGCCUCUGGAGAAAUGAAGUGGUGCAGGCUGGGCGGUGUCUGUGUGACAGGGCUGAGCGGAUCAAUAGAUGGAACAGGGGUGACCAUAGAAUCAAGGGACCCCAAUGUUUUCACCGUGACUAUGAGCGGACUGACGACAGAGAGCAGUGGCUGGUAUUUGUGUGUCAAAGGGGCCCUGCAGAUGCCGGCGCAUGUAACCGUCACUGAGAAACAUGCCACCACCACACUUGCAACUACCAGCUGUCUAUCACCCACUCCUGAUGAUCACACCCCAGGAGACCACAGCGCCUCAAUUGACCUCGAGAGCCUCGUCAUCCCUCUGACUUUGUUGAUCUUCAUUGUGAUGGUGACCCUGUUCAUCUGGUUCAUGCUGAAAAAGCGCAAGCAACGCAAUUCAGAGUCAUCCAAUACAACGACUAAAGAGGAAGUGACGCACUGUAAUGUCAGACACAGGAGAAAAACUUCAGAGCAGACUGAAGAGGAUGUAACAUACUAUAAUGUUGGGUACAAGAAAAAAGCCUCAGACCGGAGGCCACAUGCUGAGAGUGACAUUGAGGUGAUGUACAGUUCUGUGGUGACCAUAAAACAACAAGGAAUAAAACGGGUGAAUAUUAAAUGCUGCAAAUCUUUUCCUGUAUUUGAGGUUUUUUAUUAUUAUUAUUAUUUUGUUCAUGGUGUAAUAGCAAAUUAUUCUAUGGCCUUUUUCUGUUUUGUGACUUCCCUUUUGUUCUCUUUCCCCUUUGCCUUCUCACACCUUGACACUUUGUUUUGUCAUUUUUGUCUGUUUCAUCAUUCCGCAGCCCCUAUCUUGCUUGUGUCUACAAGAAGCAGCUCUGGAAGCUCCUCUUGGUCAGACUCUGUUAUCAUCUUCUGUGUGCAACCUCUGUCCUUUUCAGCUGAAAACGCAUAUGCUCUGUAGAUCCAACGGAGAAAUAAAACUCCCAAAGACAGAUCUUUGUCAACACACAUAAUCGAGCCACUUAAUUUACUUAUUCAUUCUCUUUUAUCUUUGCUCUUCCUUCCUUAUUGUCAUAUUUGCUUUUGUUCUCCAACAGGAGAAGGCACAAGAUGACGAUGUUACAUACAGCAAGUUGGCUCUGACCAGCCGAACUGUUUAAAUGUUUGCCUGCUGAUCUUUUCAUCUGUAAAUCAUUAUUAAUUUUUCAGACUAUACUGUUGUUACUGUUUGUUCGUGCUUUAAUUUCUAUCAAAUGUAUACUUUUCUUUUUUUUCAUUUUGGUCUGUUACACUAUUUUCUACCCUUUUUCUGCAUAGCUACAAAAAAGACCUGUUAGUUUGCCAAAUGCAAAAACAAAAUGAGCACAUUUACAUCCAUACAA